AUGGCUAGAUCUGCAUUUACAUGGGCGCGCGCCGCCGCCAUCGCUGCCCUUGCACAACAGGCAGUCUCGCAGACAUGCUAUUACCCCAAUGGUAACACAGCUCCAAGCACAGAGAAAGCAUGCUCGUCAGCAUCAGGUUCUGCUUGCUGUCCAGAGAAUUGGGAAUGCCUCGACAACGGUCUCUGCUAUUACGCUCCCACCGGGCUCCACGGGAGAUACAGCUGUACUGACAAGAACUGGAACUCACCUGGCUGUGCGUCUAAUCUUUGUACAUAUAACCUGACCGUCUCUGGCGGUGAGUCUAUCACCCAAUGCUCGAACCACAACAACCAAUGGUGCUGCAACGGCGAUGCAACGAACGUGGACUGCUGUCAGGAAAAGCCGGAACCACGACCAUUCUUCAACCUUCAAGACGGAACCGCAUACGCUACAAUUGGCUCGAAUCAGGCGUCAUCGAACCCGACCAUUUCGACUGUCACUGGCCUUGCAACUUCUAGCUCAAGUGGGAGCUCUGCAACCUCUCAAGCUAGCUCAGCAGCAGCAGCAGAUUCAUCAUCAGCCGCAGCUUCCUCAGUAAGCUCUUCUGUAAAUACCACGCCCAUCACCUCAGUCGCAACAAGCGUGCGGUCUGCUUCAGGUACUUCAGGCCCUGAGACUAUCUACAUCACCAACGUCAUCACGCCAACUGCAACGGCCGACGCAUCAAGCGGCGGGUCCUCAGGCGGCUCUGGCACCAACCUUGGUCUGAUUAUAGGCUGCGCCGUCGGAAUUCCCCUCGCUCUCGCCCUUGUUGGCACUAUCAUCUGGAUGCUGCGCAAGCGCCGCCAGGCUCAAACUCACCCUUACACGGCCACGCCUGAUGGUGGCGAGUCUCCUCAUAUGGCAUCUGCUGCCCUUGCCUCGCACAAGGAGACAGAGGUCUACCGUCACUCGCGCCCCGGAACCGCAGAAAUCGACAGCAACCCCGUUGGCCCUGGCCGCCCGACCUCAACGAUCCCCGGAAAGGCAGAGCUCGACUCUGGCGCAGGCUUUCAGCCAGGCUCAGGCACGCCGUUCGCUCCAGACACUGCGUUCCUUGGUGGCGGAACAGGUAACCACUCGACAUGGGGCAGCUCACCACCCGGUUACUCGCCAGGGCAGGGUCAGUCACCUUUUGCGCAUAAUCAUGAGGGUGCUGUGGAGCUCGACAGCUCGAUGAUUAUGCCUGUCAUCAACGAGAAGAGUGAGCACCAGUUGGAGUACCAGGCGUAUCGACCUCCAAGCAACGCGGUGGAGCUGAACGCCGUGACGACGCCACCCGAGGAUGUUGAGAAGCCGCUCAGCAAAUGA